UAGCAUCGCGCAGUCCGCAUUGAGCUGCCGGCCGCGACGCGUGUGUUGCGCGGCGCCGCGACGCCUCCCGUCGACAUCGCGAAAAAAGUUUACAUACGAAACUUUCUUAAAAGACUUUCCUUUCAACCCGAACAUUGUUGAAGUGGAACCGUCUGCCCUCUCCUGGCCUACGCGAAAAGUGACCUUUCCUAAAACCGGAAUUGGGUAUCCCCCGGAACGGGUUUAGACUCGGACCCGCCGUGGCAGGACUUUCGUGAAGUGCUAACUUGAUUUUCAGAGUGGAGUGUUCAGUGUGAGUGACUGGAUAAUACGUUGCCUUUAUCGGUAUAAGGAAGAGGACUGGACUUGGUCAAGAACAGUUCUUAAGGUCGAUUACCGAGUAAAAGUGCUGUUAAAAGUUUCAGUAAAAUAUGCCGCCGCCCGUAUAGAGGCAUGAGCGGCCGCGGCGCAGGCGGGCAGCGCUGUCAGCUGAUCCUGCAGCGUUGCCUGGCGAUCCACCUCACCAAGCCCGGGAAUGCGCCCGAUGACUUCUGGAUGUACGACUCUGGAUACCUCCUGUUUCAGAGUUUCCUAGCGGCGAACGCGAAAUGCUGGUGGGCCGGAGCCCUAGCGGCGGCUACUACGGAGCUCCGGUACGCGGGGUACGUCGCCCCGGGGGUGCUCCUCGUGGCAGGCGCGCCCCGGGCUCUGGAGACUGUGCGGGGCGCGUACGCUCGCUCCGUGCUCAAACCACCACCGACGUAUCUCAUUUGCGGAUUGGGUGACAUAGAAGACUGCAUAGUAACGCCGGCGUACCAGGGCCAGUUCACACCGCUGCCGGAGGCGCUAUGUGAUUGCAUAAUGGACCUUACCACUCAGGGGCAAUCAGCAACUUUGGAGAGCAUACGAACAUCGCUAUCGUCGAAAUUCCCCUCAAUGCAGACUCCAUCACAAGAGAUGGUGUAUGACACCUUGGCACAGCUGAUGCAGGAGAGGAAGAUUUACCAGACAUCGCGUGGGUUCUUUAUAGUCACACCUGAACGCCGCCGCUCUCGAUCCCGGUCUUCCUCCCGCCGGCAUGGCAACAGCGUCGACGAGGAGUGCCCCUCCCCCCGCACCAUCCUCAUGUCGGACCAGGAGGCUCUUCAUCAGCUCUACGGGGAGAUCACGACGGUCAGAGACGGCGCUGUGACGCACCAGUGCGUGCAGACCAAUUUGGCUGAUGUCAUCUGUGGUGGCAAUCCCAACGACAAAAUCAUUUACGGUCGUCCAAACAAGCGUCGCAGUGCGUCCUUUCCCGCCCCCCGCUCCCUCGACCGAAGGCACUCCCUGAGGAUCUUCGGGUCCUCCAGCAAGUACCUCCAGCGAUGUGCCUCGACCCGAAGUCUGCACCAUAAACACGCGAACACAACGGAUAGCUCGUCAUCCACCGAUUACCCGCCGAGCGUCGAAUCUGCGUCGCCUAAGAAAGUGUCCCUGCUGUCCCGCUUAUUCAGACGAAGCGGCCGCAGCAAGCAGACGCGCGCGAUGAGCACCUUCUCUGCCCAGUUCCCGCCCACAGAGUGGUUCAACUCGAAAGCGGUGCACUUGCACUGUGUUGCUACUCAGACUAAUUCUAAGGAGUCUUUGCAGAGCCAAGCAUCUUUCGUCUCAUCAUACUACGACGGUUCAGAGAUCAGUAAUCGGUCGUCCACUUUACCAAGAAGACACAAGAGGCACUUAUCCACCGAAUCUGGGCUGGCUGGCUCCGUCCACUACGACCACUCGCCAAUCAGGCAAUCCAGCCCCAGUUCAGGCAGUUUACCCCGGUCCACCCUCAGCAGAAGUUCUACAAACAAAACUAUAUUAGAUCACUUCGGAUCCCCACAAAGAGGCAGCGACCCAAAAUUACGCGAUAGCCCUAGCAGCAGUCUACGGAGGGGAGACUAUCAUUCUGAUCACAUAAUGUCCACUAGCGGCCCCUCCAGCUUAGAGAGCACAAGUACGCAUCGUACACCAAGAAAAGAUAGUAACAAAAAUGGUCACCUUGACUCUCCUAUGAAAAGGAGCUAUCACAACACUAGCGGUAGCAGUGGCCACUCCAGCUUAGAAUCACACAUAUCUGAUCGCACUUUAAAACCUUCACCUAGUCAUAGCAACACUCAAGGAGCACCAGGGCUUAGCAGAGCACAAUCACUGGUCAAAGUACAGAGUCUACAAAGUUCUCCUAAAAGCCUCCACAAGUACAGAAACAAACCGCCCAUCGUCGGCGGUGAAACGGUAAAAAAUGGCAAAAGCACCUCACCCAGAAGCACGCCAAAAAACUGUCCAGCUACACCCAAAAAAACCGUGACCCCUCUGCAUAAAGCGCUUGGCUCCAAACCAGAUAACCCUUCAACCACAAUGUUGGCAAGCUCGAAUUCCAAUAACUCGAUCACGCUUAAAGUUACCACAAAUACUAUGUCGCAAAAUGGUGGUGGUACUAACACCAAAGUUUAUGUACAGAAUUCCCCAGUUAGAUCAGUUAUCACUUUCGAAAAUGGUAAAGUAACUGAGACCAGUAACGGCAGCAAUAUUUAUAUAAUAAACGAUGAUAGACAAGUAGUGUCGGUCUCCCAAAAUGGUACCGUUGGAAAUCAAGCUACAAAAAACCCAACCGAAACGUCGUUUGACGUUUGCGUUGAAAAGAAUAAACAAGUCAAUCAAGAGCAAGAACCUAUAAAAGUACAAGAAAAUAAGUUCAAUAAGAAUUCAAUAAACGAUACGGGUAUGAAUAAUAAUCGUAAACUUUCUUUGCAAAUAGGUGGAGCGACAAAUAAUAACAGCUUCAUUUACAAGAAUCAGUUGAAUAAUACAAACGAAGUAGUCUCUAACCCGGCUUCACCUGCGAUACAUAACAAUAUUCACAAUAUAGAAAGUACAACAAACAGUAACCCAUCUACGCCGACCAAAAGUUAUGACAAUAUAAUCGGAUCGUUGGGAAGCCUAAGGUAUCAAAAGAAUUCUUUGUCCUCGGCUAAUAGUGGAAUUCAAAGUAAUAUAAAUUCCAACAGUGAGCUAAAAAGUGUAGAUUUGUUGAAGAAAGCAGCAGCUCUGCAAAUGUUAAACGGUCUUCCAAAUGUAAAUAACAGAAUGAGUUCUGAUUCCAUAGCGAAUCUACUUACAAAGGCGAUUGACCAGAAGCCGACAGUUUUGGGAUCUGAACCGAAUUUAGCACUAAAGAACCAGGAGCCGAUAAAGGACAUAAACACAUCGACAGAGAAAAUAAACAGCUUGGAAAACAAGCAAAAGAGAUACAGUCUCAGCCAGGAGAGCAAGAAAGAAAAUCAAGAUUUUUACAAUUUUCCGAGCUUAAGCGAUUUGAGCUUUAAUUUUACUAGUUUAGCCGCUCAGAAAAUUUUGAAAGGGGUCAGUAUAAAUAGCGUCGACACGUUGGUGGAAUUAAACAUGGCGGCCAAUAACUCCGAGAAACAGAAUAAUCGCGAAGUCGCUGCUGUGUGUACGGAUUUUGGCCUUGUAUAGUACUUAAGAAAUAUUUUUUGUUAAAAUGUACAAUAUUAGUCUUAUCCCUGUACAAUGUAAGCUAGCUGUAUAACUUAUUCGUAGUAUCUUUGUAACAAUCCUUUAGAUACGCACUUUAGUUGGAACCUUGUACUCUUUUAAGAUUUUGUACUCCCAAGUUAUUGAAUAUCUCCUAUUAUCAUUGUAUCCUCUAAUAAAUUUUGUUUGUCUUUACUAACUUAUCGAAAAUAUCGUCGUAGGAAUUUUAAGCCGUAUUCGUAAAAUUAAAACAAAAGAACAAAAUGUUCAUGAAGUUUGUUUGACAAUAUACUUAAUGAACGUGUGGCCUAAUACGUGAUUACGAGGAAUCUUAGUGCCUAAUACGAUCGUAAUAAGAUCGAUUUUUCAAUUUUGUAGCCAUAUCUAAUCUCCAUUUUAGAAUUUAGCUAAUAACACAAUUUAGACAUGAGAAAUUCUUGAGCACUAUUCAAACGACAUAAAGAAUACACCCAAAAUUCUUAGAAAUAAAAUAAGGUAGUCUUCGAGCACAUUUCUUUUUCGUGCCAUCAAUACUUCCAGUGAAAAAGUUGAGUACAAACUAGAAAACCUUUCCGCUAACCGAAUCCAUCCAAAAAAUGGGAAUUUAUAGGAAUGUUUAAACGUAUGUCAUGUUUAAGUGCCAUAUAAAACCAUAGUAUUACGCAUGUGGAUGAUCAGUGGAAAUUGGUAUAAAUUAGUAUCCAUUAAACCUGUGCUCCAGUACAGAAAGGGUAUUUAUUCAUUAGUAAAUGUAAUCGGAAGUCAUCAAUGCAUACUGUAAGUGUUUAGUAACGCCAUUAAUGUAAAAAUGUAUUAACAAUAUAAGUUGAUGCUUU